UCCGGCCCGCUCACCAGAGUCUCCGCACACAAACAUCAUUAAAGCACAGUGUGUGUGUGUGUAUGUGUUAAUUAUCUCUCAUAAUGAGAGGCACACACGUUAUAUUAGAAUUUAAGCAUCAAUGAAACCCGUUUCUGAGGGGUUCGAGCUGAAUCUCAAGUGUGCCAAAAACAAUGAACCUACAUCAGGUGCUCACAGGGGCCGUGAACCCCGGAGACAACUGCUUCUCUGUGGGACGCAUCAACAAUCAGCCUUUCACGGCAUACGCCUCGGGCUGUGACAUUGUCAUUCUGGGCAGUGACUUUGAGCGGAUCCAGAUCAUCCCCGGAGCCAAACACGGUAACAUACAGGUGGGCUGUGUGGACUGCUCACUGCAGGGGGGACAGAUUGCAGCAUCUUACGGAAACAUUAUCUGUCUGUUUGAGCCAGUGGAGGUCAGUCCACAAGGAAAAGCACAAAAAAAACUGAACUAUCAGUGGCAGAAGAGCGGGCAGUUCGUGUUGCAGUCAGUGGCUCACAUCCUGACGUGGCACCCCAGCGGUACGUGUCUCCUGACCGGCUCGGCGUGUCUGCAGUUGUGGUGUAAUGUGCAUGUCAGCGCAGAUACUGCAGAGGAAACGCAGACUGAUCCGCAGAGCUCAUGGAGAUGCAUCUGGCACUGCAAGACUGCUGCUCCAACACACUUCAUCAAGUUUUCACCGGAUGGAGAGUUUUUCGCGACUGCAGGACAGGAUGACUGUCUGGUGAAGGUGUGGUACAGCACCAGUAAAUGGCAGGCAGACGUCACCAGAUUGUUCACCCCUCUCGACACGGGCUCCGUGUCAGAGAUCAACUUCUUGUUUAUUUACCUGGCUCACCCUCGCUCCAUCACUGGCUUCUCCUGGAGGAACAUCAGCAAGUACCUGCCCAGAGGUGCGGUGUGUAACGUCCUGCUCACCUGCUGCAAAGACAGUGUGUGUCGACUGUGGGCUGAAACACUUUUGCCUAGUGACUGUCUGCUGUCUGGAGUCAGACACAAUCAAAACAAGAACAGUAGUAGUGACGUCCUCAAACCAAACAGCAUGAAGAAGUCCUCCAGCAACAGCAACAGCAAGAACCAGAACCCACUGGAGUUGAAUCUGAAGCACUCGUGGAGAGAGGAGGUGAGGUGUUUGUCUCAGCUGUCAUAUACCGGUCCCCUGCCCCAACAACAGAACAAACACUACACACACCGCGCCAACAUCCUGCACGCCAACUCGCUCUGCCAUUUCCACAUCGCCGCCAGCAUCAACCCAGCCACAGAUAUUCCUCUGCUGCCCUCCAUCUCCUCUAUGAUCGGCUGUGAUGAGGAAGAACCAGGUGGUUCGUUCACCGUUCACUGGCUCAACAACAAAGAGCUGCACCUGACGCUGAGUAUGGAGGUGUUUCUACAGCAGCUGAGGAGCAGCGCAGAGCAGAGCGACACCAUUGAGAACGAUGUUGAUGAAGGAAACAGUGCUGAUAACGCAGGUGUGAGCUCUGUCUCUCUCCCCGCAGCAGCUGUAGAUCAUCAGAUCGACGUGCUGCUGAGCGACUGGAACAGAGCAGCUGACAUGCUCUUCAGCAUCCACCCGAUGGACGGAUCAUUGCUGGUGUGGCAUGUCGACUGGUUGGAUGAAUAUCAGCCCGGAAUGUUCCGACAGGCACAGGUUUCCUUUGUGUCACGGAUUCCCGUGGCAUUCCCCACUGGAGACGCCAACUCUCUGAGCCGUAGCGUAGUGAUGUACGCUUGCAACAGAAACGUAGAGCUGGCGAUGCAGCACGGACGUCAGCGACCCGCAGGUCUGCCGCACUCCUCCUCUACUCUGAUUGGCUUGUGUCAGAAUAAACCCGCGUCUAACAGCCUGCGUCUCAGCAUCUUCACCCCGAACGUUCUGAUGAUCUCCAAACACGCAGAUGGCUCCCUCAACCAAUGGGCCGUCAGCUUCGCCGAAGACUCCGCCUUUUCCACGGUGCUCAGCGUGUCUCAUAAGUCGCGAUACUGCGGGCACCGCUUUCACCUGAACGACCUGGCAUGUCACUCUCUGCUGCCGCUGCUGCUCACCACGUCACACCACAACGCCCUGAGGACACCUGACGGGGGCGCCACUCUCACCUGCUCGCCUGGCAUUACCGCCUCAUCUCACAGGAGCAGAGUGUCGUCUGGCGGCGUCUCUCAGGACCCAAAUGCGAUCUACAGCGAGCUAAUCCUGUGGCGGGUGGAUCCGGUCGGACCGCUGUCGUUCUCAGGCGGUGUGUCAGAACUCGCCCGGAUCAACUCUCUGCACGCGUCGGCAUUCUCUAACGUGGCCUGGCUGCCCACACUCAUCCCCAGCAACUGCCUCGGUGUGUAUGGAAACUCACCCAGUGCCUGUUUCAUCGCCAGUGACGGGCACUCGCUCAGACUCUAUCAGGCUGUUAUUGAAGCCAAAAAACUGCUGAGCGAACUUUCUAACCCGGACAUCUCUAAAUAUGUUGGAGAAGUGUUUAAUAUCAUCAGUCAACAAUCUACGGCCAGACCAGGCUGCAUCAUUGAGCUGGACGCCAUCACAGACUUUCAGGGGAAGGAGACGCAGCUGUUACAUGUGUUUGAAGAGGACCUGAUCUUGGGAAAUGAGAAAGCAGAAGAUUGUUUGCAGGAGUCUGUUCCCAGCCAGACGAUCUUCUCAGCCCGGUUCUUUCUGGUGGUGGUAGAGUUCACGCAGAACGGCAGAUCACUGCUGCAUAUGUGGCAUCUACAACUAGAUGCAGUUCCCGCCAUUAUGGAGGAAGCUCGUUGUCCUGUAGAGAGAGCGACGGUGUCUCCAUCAUCUGUCAACUGUGCACAGUUUAACUUUGAUACAGUCAGCUCACCGUCCAUCCAGAGAUCAAAACUGAACACGUCCAACCUCCAGAGUGCCUGCCGUCUCACGCUUACAAACAUGAAGGUUUUCAGUCAGGAGCUCGAUCUACCUGAGGGUGUGGAAGUCAUACGUGUGACACCUGCUGCAGGUCAUUUGAGCUCUUCGUCUUUGCAGCCAGCUGGACGCGCUCCGUACCUUUUGGCCACGUCCUGUUCAGAUGGUAUGGUCAGGUUCUGGAGGUGUAGCUCUGUCUUUGACCCUGAGACCUCUGGAGAACCUUCAUAUGUGUGGCAGGAGUGGCCUCUAUAUGUGGAGCAAGGUCUUCCCAGCAGCAGUGCUCUCAAUGUGUCUGGACAGCUCAUGGCUCUCAGCUGCUGUAACACCAGCAGAAUAGCGGUCGCGCACAGGGCUGAAAAAGCUCACUGGGGUGCCGGUGAGCCACUCAUGCAUGUGAGUAUAUUCCAGUGCGAGUCCACGGGCGGCUCUCAGUGGAUACUGGAACAGACACUUAAAGUCAUCGGAUCUUGUAGCCCGAGUAGCAACUGCUGCGAUAGAAGCUUGUUGGUACCGAGCAUCAAAGAUGGUUUGGUGGCUGAUAAUGAUUGCUUAGGUGGGGGCAAUAAGAGGCAGGUGCAUUUAGACUGGGUUUCCCGAGAGGAUGGUGCUCACAUAUUAACUGUGGGUCUGGGGUCCAAACUUUACAUGUAUGGGAUGCUUUCAGGAAAACCUCCAGAGCUCGGCUUGUCCGACAGCAGCCAUGAGCGCUGCUACUCUCGCCUGGUUCUCCUGCGAGUGGUGGAUCUGGUGUCAUCGGUCGAGGGUUCGCUACCCAUUCCUGUCUCUCUGUCUUGGGUGCGAGAUGGCAUCCUGGUGGUCGGGAUGGACUGCGAGAUGCAUGUCUACUCUCAGUGGCAACCGCCGGCCCCGCCCAAACCUGCAGUCAAUACCGGUGAGAAUAGUAUCCGCACCGGUAGUGUAACGUCUCUCACUGCUAGUGCAAAACAGGAUGGACUGAGUCCAAAUCCACCUAAAAAGACUCUCACCAGGUCAAUGACUAGUUUGGCUCAGAAGCUCAGUGGAAAGAGAACGAUGUACGACCUCCCAGCUGAGAUGGAGGAUUCCGGUUUGUUUGAGGCAGCUCACCACCUCUUUCCCACUUUACCUCAGUAUCAUCCUGUACAACUUCUGGAGUUAAUGGAUCUCGGGAAGGUCAGACGGGCCAAAGCCAUCCUGUCACACCUGGUGAGGUGCAUCGCUGGAGAGAUUGUAUCUCUGAAGGACAGCGGCAUCAGUCAGGAGCGCCGUCUGAGGUCCCUCACCAUCAGUGCCAGCGGAAGCACAAGCAGAGACCCAAAGAUGUUCAGUAAGAGCGAGAGCUUGGACUACACUGAGAUCGACGCGAUCCCGCCCCUGCCGUUAUAUGCGCUGUUAGCCGCUGAUGAGGAGACCGCAGCCACCGAGCGUACGGACAGUAUGAGCGGACGCGGAACCCGCACGUCCAGCCGAACUGACGCUUACGAAGAGCUCUUCCAGGCCGCAGCCAUCAAUAUGGAUGACAUGGAUUCGUUUGGUGGUGAUGAGGAAGACGCUAAUGCUAAAGUCAUUGAUCUGUCCAAGUACAGCCCCACGUUUUUCGGCUCUGAACACGCUCAGGUGUUAUCUGGACACCUGCUGCACUCCAGUCUGCCGGGCCUGACGCGCAUGGAGCAGAUGUCUCUGAUGGCCUUGGCCGACACUAUCGCUUCCACCAGCACAGACAUUGGAGAGAGUCACGGGAAAAGUGGAGAGACUCUGGAUGAAUGUGGGCUGAAGUUUCUACUGGCUGUUCGACUGCACACUUUCCUCCUGACCUCUUUACCUCCAGCUCAUCGAGCUCAGCUCCUCUGUCAAGGAUUGUCCACCUGUCAUUAUGCCUGGGCGUUUCACUCUGAGGCUGAAGAAGAGUUACUCAACAUGCUCCCAGCUCUACAGAAAGGAGAGGCGAUGUGGCCGGAGCUCAGAGCCAUGGGUGUGGGCUGGUGGCUCAGGAGCACCAAUAAGCUUCGCAGAUGCAUUGAGAAGGUAGCAAAAGCUUCUUAUCAGAGGAACAAUGAUCCGUUAGACGCAGCCUUGUUUUAUCUUGCCAUGAAGAAGAAAGCUGUAGUUUGGGGACUGUACAGGUCUCAGCACAAUGUGAAGAUGACCGCGUUCUUCAGCAAUAACUUCAGUGAGGAUCGUUGGAGGAAGGCAGCGCUGAAAAACGCCUUCUCAUUGCUCGGAAAACAACGUUUCCAACAUUCUGCUGCUUUCUUUCUGCUGGCCGGAUCCCUCAGAGAUGCAGUUGAAGUUUGCAUAGAGAAGCUACAGGAUCUUCAGCUGGCUCUGGUCAUCUGUCGGCUAUAUGAAUCAGAGUUUGACAUGUCCCGCACCUACAAAAGAAUCCUGCAGAGACACGUUCUGGGUCAUGACCAUCAGAUCCCAGCACAUCAGGACCCGUUCUUACGCAGCAUGGCCUACUGGGUGUUAGAUGACUACAGCAGUGCGCUGGACACUCUGCUUGAACAGCCCAAAACAGAGAGGGCCAGUCAAGGAAGCACAGCCACAUCUCCCUGUAACCCUGACGUCUUCAACUUCUACACGUACCUCAAAACUCACCCGCUGCUGCUCCGUCGACAAUUCAGCUCUUCAGAUAAAGCUAAAGUGGGUCUGACUGCAGAGGGUCGUAUGAGCGACUCCAUCAGCCUCAUCGAGAGAAGACUGUUCUUCAGUGCUGCUUAUGCUCAUUUACAGGCCGGCUGUCCCAUGCUCGCUUUAGAGGUCCUCUCCAAAAUGCCAACAGUUGUUAAACGAUCAAAAAUACACCUCAGCCAGGAGAACUCGUCCCUGUCAUUGAAUAACUCUAAAGAUCUUGAGAAGCACAAGGAUCAGGCCUCGCCUCUGGACUGGUCUCAGCCGGUUCUCAAUGGUUUUGAGUCCAUGUCUGAUAUUCUGUCUUCACCCAUAGAGCACAGUCAAUCUGAUUCCGUGCUGAGUUUUGAUUGGAGUCAGCACUCCGUGACCCUGCAGGAUGAACCGCUGGAGCUGAAGUGGGACAGUGAAAAAGAGGACUCUGAUGAAGAGGAAUCAGGACUGGCGAUGAAGACCAUCCACCCCGAGAACAACAGCAUCCCUCAGGAGACUCCUGACGCAGCGUCCACCUCCACAGAUCACGUGUCCGAAGAGUCUCUCGCCCUGACGGACGACAUCCUCGCCGCUCGGCUGAAGUUCAGCUCCUGUCUGAAGAUCCUCACCACAGAGUUACGGACGCUCUCCACAGGCUACGAGCUGGACGGAGGGAAACUGCGCCAUCAGCUAUGUCACUGGCUGGAGCGAGAGGUGGCGGCCCUGCAGAGGUGCUGCGGGUACAACCCGUUUCUCCAGCAGCUGUCUGAAGGCAUCUCGGCAGACCUUGGUCAGAACGGCAUUGGAGAUGAUCUGGAGCUGCAGAGCAGGGAAGUCCAGCACAGACGCAGACUCUGGCUGAAGAGGAACCAGCCGCUACUGCGCAUCUUCCUCAGUUACUGCAGUUUGCAUGGGUCACAUGGAGGUGGUCUGGCUUCGGUUAGGAUGGAGCUCAUUCUGCUGCUGCAGGAGUCUCAGCAGGAUGACAGUCUUCAGAUGUGUGUUCCCGCUCAACCGCUCAUCUCAGUUCCUCUUCUGCUCGCCUGGAGCGCCAGCUCUAAAACAGUGGUGGCCAAUCCCAUAGUACACCUGACUAAUCUCACCCAUGACAUACUGCACACAAUCAACACACUGGACUCGCCGCCACACCCUGAUGUCAUCAGUAAUGAGAUCUAUGUGAUGCACACACUGGCAGCAUCCCUGUCGGCCUGCAUAUAUCAGUGUCUCUGUGACGGACACAGUUACAGUCAUGUAAAUCCCUUCACGGGCGUCACCUAUCAGAGCGUUCUGAUUACCCAUCAGCCCCCUGUGAAGAGCGUCAGUAUGGAGGAAACAGUCCUGCCUAACACGUCUCCUGCGCAGUGGCCUGGAGUGAGCGCACUGAUGCGGCUGCUGACCUCUUCAGGAGAGGAGAAUCAACUCGGACUGCCAGUGCUCUUGUGUGAGGUUCUCACCGCAGUCUUCCUCAGUCUGUUUGUUCACGGUCUGGCCACUCACUCCACACACGAGCUGUUCCGGAUCGCAGCUCAUCGGCUCAACGGCAAACUCUGGGUGGCCGUGUUUGGAGGCGGCGCUCGUAUUCCUGUCCUGGAGAAGCCCAGUUCACCCGCAGUGGAAGAUGCAGAGCAGAAGCAGAGGCGUUUUCGGCUGCGCUCAUCACGCAGUAACUCUAGAGAAGUUCCUGACAGUCCCAUCAGUCCCAGACCUGUGACGGAGCAGGAAACAUCUGUCUUUAAAGAGCGAUUCGUGCCACCUGAACUCAGCAUCUGGGAUUACUUCAUCGCAAAGCCGUAUCUGCCUCCAUCUGCCAGUCGAGUGGAGUAUGACUCUGAGGAAAGCCAAAGUAGUGAUGAUGAUGAUGAUGAAGAAGAUGAUGAUGGUGAUGCUUUUGAUCUGAAUUCUCCGCUGGAAGAACAUUCCAACAAUAACUCCUACAGCUGGUGUCUGAUGCGUUUGGCUCUGGUGCAGAUGAUGCUGAUGAACCUCAAGACCUUCUACCCAACAGCAGGGCAUGACCUCUUAGAUCUGCCCGUGUGUUCUCCGCUGUGUCACGCGGCUCUGAAGACUCUUCAGCGCUGGGAGCAGCUCUUACUCAAGAGGCUGGAGAUUUUCGGAGGUCCUCCGUCAAAGUACAUCUCCACACAGCUGCUGGAGGGGAGCGUGUCAUCUGGACCAGCCCUCCUCCGACACAAAGCCCUGUUUGAGCCCUCCAAUACACCUUUCAAGUCUCGGCGGCGCUCGGCUCUGCCUGUUAAACGCCUGUGGCUAUAUCUGAUCAAACAGGAGGAGAUUCAGGAGACCUUCAUACGAAACAUCUUCACUAAGAAACGAGAUCAGAAUGAGGACAUCACUGACAGUAUGAAAUGUUCUGUGCUGGUGGAGCCCAACCAAACGCAGAUUGAGUCUGAUCUGGGGUUUCCUGGAGGAAAAGCUCGCAUCAUCCACAAAGAGUCUGACAUCAUCACGGCGUUUGCCAUCAAUAAGGCCAAUCGGAACUGUUUAGUGAUUGCGUCCACUCAUGACAUACAGGAGCUGGACGUGUCCGCCAUCCUCGCCACACAGAUUCUAACGUGGAUCGAUGAUGAGGCAGAGACAGAGGUCAAAGGGGGAGAUGAUUUCCUGGUUGUUCAUGCUCGAGAUGAUGUCAGCACGUUACACGGCACCACUCCGUACACCCACAGCAGCCCCGGCACGCCCAUCAACAUGCCCUGGCUGGGCAGCCUGCAGACGGGGCGAGGAGCUGCAGUGCUCAUCAAGAGAAACAUUAAUAACGUGAGACGGAUGACAUCACACCCCACACUGCCGUACUAUCUGACAGGAGCUCAGGACGGGAGCGUGCGGAUGUUUGAAUGGGGUCACUCACAGCAGAUCACCUGCUUCAGGAGUCCAGGAAACUCCAGAGUCACCAGAAUCCGUUUCAGUUAUCAGGGCAAUAAGUUUGGAGUUGUAGAUGCUGACGGAGCGCUCAGUCUGUGGCAGACCAGCACCAGUGGAAACACACACAAACCAUACCUGACGCUUCAGUGUCACAAUAAAACAGCCAAUGACUUUGUUUUUGUGGGAUCAUCGUCUCUCAUCGCGACUGCAGGCCUGUCAUCAGACAACAGAAAUGUGUGUCUGUGGGAUACUCUGGUCACUCCAGCGAACAGUUUAGUUUAUGGCUUCUGCUGUCACGAGUCUGGCGCAAUGGUUCUGGCGUUAGCUUCCAAACAGCAGCUGUUGAUCAGCGGCGGUCGGAGGGGCUGGAUCAGCGUUCUGGAUCUCAGUCAGAAAGUCCAGCGACAGAGUUUUCAAGCUCACGAUUCACCUGUUAAAGCUCUCGCCGUGAACACCACUGAGAGCUGUUUCAUCAGCGGUUCUGCUGAAGGCAACAUCAAGGUUUGGAGUAUGUCGACUCAGAGUCUGUUACACACCUUCAGUAACGAACACGCCCGUCAGUCCAUCUUCAGAAACCUCGGCACGGGCGUCAUGCAGAUCGAAAUGGCUCCAGCCAAUCACAUGUUCUCCUGCGGCGCGGACGGUACAAUGAAGAUGCGUGUUCUGCCGGACGUCAUGAGCACGUACGGCAACAGCCUGAAGAGUGAAGUGAAGUUCAUCAUGUAGCACAUUCACCUUUACUACCUUUGCACACGGUAAGACAAGCAAUACGAGAGAGACACAUCUGAGCGCGCUCGAAGGACGUAAACGUCACGGCUCAAAUCCAUCAAAUAAAACAGGAAAUUAAUGAUUUAUAAUCUCAAUCCUGGAGUCGCCCUCAUAUGUAUUCAGUCACACUGUUCCAUUUCUUAUACAGCGAGUUAAUAUGAAAUGUAUUUAUCAGUUAAGCCUUAACUAGCCAAACUAAGCAGUGUUGUGAUCGUGAUAUACAUUUAAAUAUAGUGAUAAGUGUCCUUAUAUUUCUACCUAAUAACCAUAACACUCUCGGAUCUCGCCGAGUGAGCAACUCACUGGUUAAACUGGACUCAUUUAAGUGAGACAGAAGUGGCUUGGAACAUGAAGGUCCUGUUAAACUACGUGUGGUAGUUCCUCUGUUGUAAUAAUAAUAAUAAUUACAUAGGGAAGGUAUUGUAUAUUACGACAAUAAACAGUAUUUAGUUAGAUUUAGUCAUACUUCACUCUUGGUGCAUUUACACACAGGUACUGAGAUAUUAGCAUGAAAAGGUUUUAAAAACCUUCAGCUGAAAAAAAUUGUACAGUGUACCUGUUGUUAAAUCACAUUGCUAUUUCUGCAUAUGAAGCACUUUGUGUAGAACUGAAACAUCAUUCCAUAAUAGAGUUCAUAUGAAUAAAUACUGAGUUUGACGGACUCGAGAGGUUUGUUCUGUACUUUCAGGAUCAAUGAAGACGAGUCUAAUUCAUUCACGCUGCCAAAGUCCCGUCGUUCUGAAGGCAUGUCGGUUGGCAUCUGAUGACAUCAUCAGUACAUGUGAUUUGCCUUGGAGAGUGAAUAAAGCAUCAGCCGUUCAAAUAUACCGAUCAGCCACAACAUUAAAAGCACCUGUCUAAUAUUGUGUAGGUCCCCAUCGU